UAUAUCUUCAAACUUUGGAUUAAUGGGGUUUUCACGGUUCAAAAUAAUUUGUCUAAUCAAUUUGUACUGCUCUUCGCACCUGAAGUGCUACAGAAUUGAACGACAUGAUUGUCUAUGAACGUCACCCCGUUAACUACUUUGAUUACGAGAACUGGGAGGAGCGUGUAAGAAACUAAGUAGCUUCCACAUGACUGUAGUGCAGUGGAAACAAGGGAGAGCAGCAGUCGAGGCGUGGGUGAGUGAACAUCAUGGGACAUGCUCUCUGGGAAUGAGCUACAGCAGUCUGGAGCUUCAUCUCUUCAUCCCAGAGCGCGCAGACGUCUGCUGCUGAUCCUCAUUGGACAAUACAACAAUAGUGAAGCUGAGAUUACAGAGUGUUUUAAAGUUUAGAAUAAUGAGAGUGAUUUUUUCAGCUAGUUGGAUAUUUCAAGGAUGGAUCACACACUUCGUUCUUGCUCUAUGCACGCAGGCAGGACUGGCCAUAAUCUGCCAACAGAACGAGUACGACCACAAUGGGAGAUGCUGCAGAAAAUGUGAACCAGGAAAAUACGUUUUUGCCCAUUGCGACGGCAGCUCGAGCACAACGUGCCUUGAUUGUGGGCGUGAUGAGUACCAGCCGGACUGGAACAGCGACACUAAGUGUGUUCCUCAGAAGUUCUGCGACGAGGGUAAAGGAUUUAACCGCACCCGUCCACACAACCCCACCGCGGCUGAACCGUGUCUGUGCAAGCAGGGGUUCCACUGCUCUCGGAUCAACUGCGAGUACUGUGAGGCCAUUGAAAAAUGUCCUGCGGGAAAAGGAGUCGUGAUGGGUGAGACUGGCAGAGCUUCCUGUGUGACUUGUCAACAUGGAUUUUUCUCAGAAUCUAUGUCAACAGAAUCCUGCAAGAAAUGGACAGAUUGUAAAGCUAUCGGCAAGACUGAAAAACAGCCAGGAAGCACUCAGACAGAUGUUGUGUGUGGACUCCAUUCUCCUGGUAUGACACCCUGGGUGCUGGUGGCCAUCCUCUCAGUCAUCAUCGUGGUAUCUCUGGUCGUUCUCUUCUUGUUUUGCUGCAAGGAUAAGCUGAACUUCCUCUCAGUAAAUCUACGCACCUGCGUCCAAAACCUGAAAGGAAGUAGGAAUCAAGAGGAAAUUGUGACUUCAUACCACUGUAGAAACGGUCUACAAACCCACCCUUUAAUCUGCCAAGAAAGAACCCCUCCGGAGUCCCUGUGUCCCAGCACCAAAUUAACCAUCCCAGAAAUGUCUACUUGCACAGACCAAGACCAGGACCGAGCCGAAACCUCGUCGGGCAGCUCCAGCGUGGACUCCGGAUGUGGGCCGUCGUCCCCCCUGUCAGGCAGCUCCUGCAGCUGUGUGCUUUCCAUGAAGGAGCCCAUAGAGGUUGGAGAGAACGAGGACUGCAGUCAGCUGGUCGCCACAGGCCUGGCGUCAUGCUGCUCCUGCAGGACAGGGGACGCCACAAAAAACGUGCAGGUUAUCGGCCUGAAAGAGCCUCUGCUGUGUGAGAGCUGCUCGUUGGACGGCCUGCCCGCCUGCGAUUAUGUGGAUCUCCAGCGCUCGCAGGAACUCUAUCUGGACUACAGCAGCCCUGCUGGCAAGGAGGCCAUGUCAGAGAUGAGAGGGGUCUACGGGGACCGAGGUGUGGUCGAGGGGCUGUACAGACAGAACGAACCUUGUUGCUGCAGCAUAGACUCCACCACCGUUCCUCCUUUGCCGUCUGUCAGUGCUAAUGACCAAGGCCUUUCACUGAUCCACAGUGAUGACCACAAACUGUCCGACCCUGACGAGGAGUACCAGAACCAGUGCUCAGAUGCCGCUCUCACAUCUGGUCAGGUGACAGGAAACAACAACACUACGUUUAUCUCCAGCGGGCAGGUGAUGAACUUCAGCGGCGAGGUCAUCGUGGUCUACGUCAGUCAGACAUCACUGGGCAGCAGCGGGGGGACAGACGAACCCUUCAGCUGCCCGGUUCAGGAGGAAUCUAAUGAGGACAGCUUUCAAAGCGAGCCCAAAUCUAACACAAGCACAACACCGCAGGCCAAGAGCAGAAGCGGACACGUGGAAAAACACCUGCCCGUACAGGAAAUGACUAACGACUGGUCCUGGCAGAAAUAAAAACAGUGCAAACAUUUCCUACUGGACUGGAAUAUACUUUUUUUUAAUGAUUAUUAUUGAUUAAUGUUCUCUGUCAACUAGAGUGCUAUUUCGUGAAAAAUGCUAUGCAUUUGUUGACCUACGUAUUUAUAUCAUAUAAAUUAGGUAAUUGUCAGCUUUGAGAGGAUUUCUCUGGUGCGGAUGCUAAUGAUCUGAUGACAGUAAAAGUCAAGAACAUUCCAGAAUGUCUCACUAUCAGACAAUCUCUAUUGUUGAAGAGCCACCUAAAGAGUGGCUUGGUGCGACAAGAAGCCAAACUCAGGCCAAAGACGAUGAUAACACAGCCAGAGAAAGCACAAACGUAGCCACCAAAAUGCAAGCUUGAUGUUUUUCGAUGUCCCUUUCUCUUGGCCUUCUCUAGGGCUUUUCACCCUAGAAAUAGUUAACCCUGGGUCAUUCUAAACCCUGGUAAAUGGAACCCUGGGUUAUCUUUAUUCACGUUUCACACUGCUCAUACUAUACCCGGGGUUAACACUUAAUCCUGGGUAUUCAUAAACUGCCGUUUCACACUGCACAUUCCUAAACCCCGGGUUAAAGUCCUUAUUUGCUUAUUUGUGGUGUCGGUGUUUCUGAUUGGACAAACGCAGCACGUGACCUGUUUACGUUAAGGCUCUAGCACUGCGCGUCCUCAUUGCUGACUGUAAUAUCAAGUUUUUUUUUUCUGAAUGAACUAUAAAGGUAAGAAUGACGGUCUCUUCUUAACUUCAAUUGUCGCGUUUUUUUAUCGCCGUUUGACAUUUUUCCUAUCAUACGAAGAAACGACUGUUUAUAUACAUUUCGCGGUGUUUCCAUGACUGCCUAAAGCGCGUGAAAAUAAGGCACGCGAUUGGUUGUUGGUUGCUAAGCAUCUUUUUGUAACAUUAAGCGUGGUUUCACACUGUACAAGUUUCCCCGCAUCUAAAUUAGAAGUGUAAAACGUUUUGUUUUUUUACCCGGGGUUAAAAGCGGUGUUUAGAAUGACGAUAACCCGGGGUUAAACGCAGUGUGAAAAGCCCUUAAACUGAACUAUCGCACCGUACCUCAUGGCAAGAACCGUUUUAGGCUGUUGUUAAAUCUCAGAUUAAGUUAGUAACAUGGAAAUGACAAAUUGGGAUGUUAAUUUGUGGUGUUUAUAUUUUUAAAAAACAAUUUGUAAAUGUUAAUCUUUCUUUUUUUUUGUUAUUUAUCGUGCCAUUUUUGUGCCGCAAACCCGACAGGUCAGUCUGACUGGAGCAGAACGUAAUCACGGACAUUAUCCACAAGCAUUAAUGUAUAUAGUGAUUGAAAAAUCAAUGUUCUGAUACAUGAGUAGUGAUUUUCUCCACCCAUUACUGUAAAUAAAGCUUGUUUGUAUGAAACAA